GUUUGUGAAUGUGUCGGAGGGGUUGGGGUGUAGGGGGAGGAAAAUCUUUUCAUAGCAACGAGAGCGCUCACACUCACACAGACACACGCUCACUCUCUCUCUCAGACGCACACAUAUAAGAAAACAAAAAUGAUCUCUGGCAGGCUCCGGCUGUGCACUCUGCUUUCGUCUUGUAAAGAGUGAGGAGGAUCACGUUCUUCUGAAAGUGCUAGGUGGGAGCUGGGAGGAAAAGAAAAAAAGAAAACAAACCAUGCUAAUUAUCUGUUUGCUCUGAUCAUGGCUAGGCCGCCUUACACCAAGCCCCCCGGAUUAGUUCUGCUGCACAAGAUCGAAACGAGAGAGCUGGAAGCAUUCAGCAGCUCACCUGUCAAGCUGGCCCCAGAGAGAGCCUUGGGCGAGAUGUACCUGGAGGACAACAGGAACAGCACAGCUGUCAACUACCUGGAUGGCACCUAUGAGUUCACCACGGCCCCCGCUGCCACCCCCAUCUACAACCCCACCACCGUGAGCUACCACUCGGCACCUGUGGACACUCAUGGCUCUGCCUCCGAUGCCAAUCUGCAUUCCCUGGGCAGCGUGCCCACGAGCCCCCUGGUGUUUGUGCCUUCCAACCCUCGGCUUUCCCCUUUUGUCCAUCACCCCCACCACCACAGCCAGCAAUUGCCCUACUACCUGGAGAGUGACCAGGGCAGCUACAGGCUGAGGGAAGCUGCCACCACCCCUCUUUUCAGGUCUGGCAUGGGAAACAGACAUCAGGCGGUGAGGGAGCAGCUCUCUAUUGUGGACAAAGGCAACUCUUCUGUUGGGGCCUUGGAGCCAAGCAAGGAAACCCGUUACUGUGCAGUGUGCAGUGACUAUGCCUCUGGCUACCACUAUGGAGUGUGGUCCUGUGAGGGCUGCAAGGCCUUCUUCAAAAGAAGUAUCCAAGGUCACAAUGACUAUAUGUGCCCAGCAACAAACCAGUGCACCAUUGAUAAAAACAGGAGGAAGAGCUGCCAGGCAUGCCGUCUGAGAAAAUGUUAUGAAGUGGGCAUGAUGAAAGGUGGAGUGCGGAAGGACCGCAGGGGCAGACACCUACAGAAAGUGAAGCGCAAGGGAGUGGAGCUGGAGGAGAAGGAUUACAGGGACUGCAGCCCCCCUCAGAGGAGAACUUUGCUUUCCCUGGAGGCCCCGGAUCUCAGGAAAAAGAACCCAGCCCUGAACCUGUCCGUGGACCAGGUCCUGCACUUCCUGAUGAGCGCCGAGCCGCCGACACUGUGCUCCAAGCAAGAGCACACAAGGCCAUACACGGAAGUCACCAUGAUGAGCCUGCUCACCAACCUGGCUGACAAGGAGCUAGUGCACAUGAUAGCAUGGGCAAAAAAAGUACCGGGGUUUCUGGAUUUAUCUCUUCAUGACCAAGUGCAGCUGCUGGAGAGCUCCUGGUUAGAGGUGUUAAUGAUUGGACUCAUCUGGCGCUCAAUGGAGUCUCCCGGGAAACUCAUUUUUGCUCCUGACCUGAUUCUGGACAGGAAUGAGGGCAGCUGUGUCGAAGGGAUGGUGGAGAUCUUUGAUAUGCUCUUAGCCACUGUCUGUCGUUUCCGCACCUUGAAUCUCAAGACAGAGGAGUUUGUGUGUCUUAAGGCCAUCAUCCUUUUAAAUUCUGGUGCCUUUCCUCUUCUCUCCAGCUCCAUGGAGACACUGAAUGACACCGUGACUAUUCAGUUCAUUUUGGACAAAAUCACAGACACCCUCAUCCACUUCAUCGCGAAAUCAGGCCUACCUCUGCCGGAGCAGUCCAGGAGACAGGCUCAGCUCCUCCUCCUUCUCUCCCACAUCCGUCACAUGAGCAACAAAGGCAUGGAGCACUUGUACAGCAUGAAAUGCAAGAAUGUGAUCCCUCUGUAUGACUUGCUGCUGGAGAUGCUGGAUGCCCAUCGGCUUCGGUCUCCCAGGAGGACAGAGCUGGCCCCGGAACAGGGAGACAGUGUAUCCACUUCAAUGUCCUUUGCGGUCAGUUCUGGGCUGAAUGUGCAGUCCUAAAAUGGCCACGGAAGAAACUUAAUCCACAUUUUAAGACCCCAACACCACACUACCUAUCGUGAUAUCAGAAGGUGAGGUCACCCUGACAUCCCCUCUUCUUAGUCGACGUCACCCUCACACACUUGGUCUCCGUGGUUGGCUAUCUUGGAGUCUCAGCACAGUGAUCAAAACCAUAUAGUCACAGGCAAGGAUCCUAUGUUUUU